GCUCGCUGGCUAAUUACGUCAUCAAAAAGAGCGAUGUAGCAUGGCUCUAAACUGAAAUGACAAUAACGUUCAUUGCAACGCACAGCCAGUCUGUUAUCUAGCUAUAUUAAAAAUAUUAUCUAAUGUUUACGUUCAAUGGUAGCCUUGUAUUAGACAAAUUAAGCUUCUCGUUUGUAGCUAGACAGCUAAGUGACAUCAAUCGGAAAUACAGAUUAACACUUGCGAAAACCUCAAAGCAGUCGCUGCGUGGUCACUGGGACCAUGUGUCAAGUGGAUGAGGAAUACAACGAUCGUUUGGAGGAGAGGACCGUCCCAACAGUCUCGCAGAAAUGCGUGAAAUGUAAAGAGGGCUCUGCUGUACUGAUCAUCAGAGCCGGAGAUGCCUUCUGCAGGAGUUGCUUCAAGGAGUACUUUGUGCAUAAGUUCCGCGCCAUGCUGGGGAAGAAUCGUGUUAUUUACCCUGGGGAGAAGGUUCUUCUCGCUGUGUCUGGUGGGCCAGCCUCCAGCGCCAUGCUCGCACAAGUUAAAGAGGGUUUGAGCCGGGAUGCACCAAAGAAAUUAAGAUUCAAGCCAGGAAUAAUAUACGUAGAUGAGGGUGGUGCUUGUGGCCAGAGACCUGAAGAACGAGAGCAGGUUAUAGCCCAGCUGGAAUCUAUAUUCAGGGCCACUGGCUACCCUUUCCACACAGUCCACCUGGAACAGGUGUUCACUCUGUCCAGCUCGGUGCUGGAGGCUGUUUCUGCAGCCCCUGGAAGGCCAGAGGGCAGCUACAAAGCUGCUGUGGACCAGUUUAUCCAGAACAGUAAAUUGGAUGGUUCAGGUUCACCAGGUGACGUGAGCCAGGGCCAGGACUUCGCUAUGCAGGACGCCCAGUUGCGACUUUCCCGCCUGGACACCCGGGACACCCCUAACGGGACGCUCCCGUUCACCUUGCAGCAUGGCCAGCACCUGGAGAGGCUGCUUGCCUCGGUGAUGACGCUGACCGCCAAAGAGGACCUGCUCCAGACACUGAGGCAGCACCUGGUCCUGCACACGGCGAGGGCGGAGGGCUACUCCAAGGUGAUGAUGGGGGACAGCUGCUCCCGUCUGGCGGUCAAGCUGCUGAGCAACAUCUCACUCGGCAGAGGCGCAUCAUUAGCCACGGACACGGGCUUCUCUGAUCCCCGCUAUGGAGACGUGGUCGUGGUCCGGCCCAUGAGGGAUUACUCGUCCAAAGAAAUCGCCCUCUAUAAUAGGAUGUUUGGAGUCCCGUCGGUUUUCAUUCCGGGCCUGGACACCAAGGCCCCGGACAAAGCCAGCAUUCAGCGCCUGACCGAGAGCUUUGUCACUAAACUGCAGGCUGAUUUCCCUUCCACCGUUAGCACCAUCUACAGGACCGGUGAGAAACUACACACCGCCUGUCCACCCCAAAACACGGACUCAGAGCCUAGUGCUAAAUGCCUGUUGUGUUUGUGUGCCUUGGACACUAAAGUAGCAGAGGAGGCUUCUGCUUUCCACGCCACCCUGGUCUCAGAAAGGCUCUCGCAGAAGCGAGUCACCGAGUCGCCCGGGGUCAGGUCAGCAAACACGAGCACGCCCGCAUCUGGGGGCCAGUGCUGCUCCUCCAGGGGUGAACAGGAUGGGUCUUGCAGCGGUGGAGGGGAGGGCUGCUGCUCCUCUAACAGGGUCCCCCCAAGUCUGGACCUGAAGAGCCUGCUGUGCUACAGCUGCAGACUGACCAUCAAAGACAUGACGGCCUUGGACAGCCUGCCGCAGUAUAUAAUCACCGAAGCGGAGCGUCGGAAUAGAAGGUUUCAGAUGAAGCAGGAGAUCAGUGAGUUCCUACUGGACGAGGAAGAAGAUGGAGAGGAGGCAUCUUGACGGUGGGGGGGAAACUGGAAGAUCAUUCUCAGAUACCCCUCAAUCAAGUUUUGGUAGUGCUUACCUCUGCUCACGAAUUAUAACCAUCACCCCAUUGCUGCCAGCGAUGAAUGUGGUGGUGCUGGGAGUCCACAGAGGACGGCUUUUCGCAAGUGCUCGUUUAAACCACAAAACUCGAUUUUAAUUAUUUUAAGCAAAAACAAUUACUUCUGUUGUAUUACAGUAUA